AUGGCCCGCUUGACUAGAUUAUCCGUCGCGUCCACCGCGACGCCCGCAACGCUCCCCGACCUCAAUCAGCACAACGAUGAGCACCCGGAGGACACCAUGGGCGUUGACUUCACGGGACAGCUCCUCACGCCCGAAAACAGCCGCUCCGAGACUUCUAGCAACAAUGAAAACGCAUCCACGGACGAAAGGCUUCCCCCGCGACGAACGUCGACACGUGUGACACGCGCAUCAUUGAAGAACAUCGAGGAGCUGGAAAACUCAGGGCUGGAUAUGGAGGAGGAUAAACCCCAAAUAGGAGGGAAAAGUCGUACUGUCUCCGGCGAGACACUUGUCAAUGGCGUCUCGGAAGGAAAAAUGACGCGCUCCUCGUCGCUCCGGCACAGCAUAGCCGUGAUGGAAUCCUCCUUAUGGAGCCAGACCACGCUCACCAAAGACACCCUGGAAGCAGAAGAGGCUGCAAACGCCCCGGACACACCGAUCUCGAGAAUAUCGCAGGAUCCUCAGCCGGAUGAUGAUUCUCAUCCGGCCUUGCUUCAGCGAACUCUACGAAAGCGCCUUGAGCAGGUCUUAACUAAGACGGAGGGCGAGAAACCAGAUCAAAUCGACAUGGCAGCGGAUGAUGCAGGUCAAGUGAGGCGACGCUCUUCCCGUUUAAGUAUACUGGAGAAGGCCUCGGGCCUAGUUGAGAGAGCUAGCAGUGCUCUCGGGAAACGCUCACGGGAUAUGAUGGAGAAAGGAAAGGAGCUUGGUCGCCGAGCCAGCCUGAGGCCCAGAAAUGUUCCAAAGGAGGAAUCCUCUGAUCUACAAUCUAGCGAACUUCCUGCUUCCAAAAGGAGACGGGCGUCAGAAGGCGAUUUGAUUAAGCUAUCGUCUUCCAACAACGAUGCAGUCGUCAAGGAUGAACCCGAAACGCCCAAGCCUGUGGCACGCCCAAAAGUGAAGCGCUGGCUCUCUCACGGUUUGUAUACUGGACAAGAGCAUACGGACUCUCGUCCUAGUCAAAAUCGGCAUAAGACUUCGCGGAGAAGAAGCGAAGGCCAAUUCCAGCGCAAAUACCUGCCUCUCCCCAUGUUUACGGGCGACCGGCUUUUAAAGGGCGGUAGAGACUUCCAGUUACCAUUUGACAUAUUCUCUCCACUUCCCCCUGGUCAACCAAAACCCGACGAGUGGAGAAAGACGAACAAGAACGUUUUCGUCGGAGAAGCCGCCAGUAUCUGGAGAGCCAACAAACAUAUGGAACUGUCGACUUGCAUGUGUACCGAAGAAACUGGCUGUGAUGAAAAUUGCCAGAAUCGCUACAUGUUCUACGAAUGUGACAACGAUAAUUGCAGAUUAGGGCCCGAAUGUGGCAACCGGAGCUUCGAGGAGCUCAAGCAGAGAAGCAAGGCCGGAGGUAAAUACAAUGUCGGUGUCGAAGUCAUCAAAACGGAAGAUCGGGGCUAUGGCGUCCGCAGUAAUCGGACAUUUGAGCCCAACCAGGUUAUCGUGGAGUAUACCGGCGAAAUUAUCACUCAGGUCGAGUGUGAGAGUCGGAUGAGGACUCAUUAUAAGAAUAAUGAGUGCUAUUACCUUAUGUACUUCGAUCAGAAUAUGAUCAUAGAUGCUACAAGAGGCUCUAUUGCUCGGUUUGUCAAUCACUCGUGUGAGCCUAAUUGUAGGAUGGAGAAAUGGACCGUGGCCGGGAAGCCACGCAUGGCCUUGUUUGCCGGGGAUCGUGGCAUCAUGACUGGAGAGGAACUGACUUAUGACUAUAACUUUGACCCAUAUUCCCAGAAGAACGUGCAGCAGUGCCGAUGCGGCGCCACCAAAUGCCGUGGCAUUCUGGGUCCUCGACCCAAGGAGAAGGAAGCCCGAAGAGAAGCAAAGGAAGCAAGGGAAGCUAAAGAGGCAGAGAACAGCAAAAAGAAAGCUGUGAAAAAAGUGACCAAGAAGACCACGGUCACCCUGGCUGGGACCAAGCGGAAGAGCAACGCCAAAGACCAGUCCACUUCUAGUGGGAACAAGAAGCGCAAACUUCUGAACCCAAAAUCGAUCACGUCCAAGAUCAAAAAAGUCGUUGCAAAGACGCGAACCACUGUGACUAAAAAGAGCGUUUCUAGCAUCUCCAAGGCAGGCUCGAAGACAUCCACAAAGACAAACAAGUCGACAGCUGUUAAGGCUACCAAGGCCCAAAAAAGAACUGUCGUGAAGUCAAAAGCCAAUAUUAGAUUUCCCAAGGUGAAGAGUAAGGCGAAAGUCAAAACGGCUGCACACUCUAAGCCAACAGGGUCUGGCAAUGCAAGCGAAGAGGGGCCAGCGAAAGCAAAAGGGAAUAAAUUGAACCGACCAUCAGCAGAAACCAAAGCCAAAAUCCUCGCUGCCGCGAAAAAGGGUACGCCUGUUCGAAAGCAGCCGAACAAAAUUCAGAAGAAGACCACAGGCUCCAAGUAG